AGGCGAAUCACGUGUAAAGAAAGCCUCCAGCGUCAUGUCUCUGCUGUGAGCAGAACUGCGUGCAAGAUUUUUUUUUUUUUAUUUUGCCUCCGCUCGCUGCCGCUUUUGUUUUGACAGCUGCUUGCUUUCUUUUCGCAUACCCCCUUUACCGAAGAAUGAGCGAAAACGAUGACAUCGAAGUCGACAGCGAUGCGGACAAACGAGCACAUCACAACGCGCUGGAGCGCAAACGCAGGGACCACAUUAAAGACAGCUUCCACGGUUUACGAGACUCUGUGCCUGCACUCCAAGGAGAGAAGAGCUCUGUUAAACAGGCUUCCCGAGCACAGAUUCUUGACAAAGCCACCGAGUACAUUCAGUACAUGAGACGAAAAAAUCACACCCACCAGCAAGACAUCGAUGAUCUAAAGAAGCAGAAUGCAGUGCUGGAACAGCAGGUGCGUGCUCUGGAGAAGGCCAAGGGCAACAAUCAGCUGCAGACCAACUACUCCUCUGACAGCAGCCUGUACACAAACCGCAAAGGGAGCGCGGUGUCGGCCUUUGACGGCGGCUCCGACUCCAGUUCGGAAUCGGAGCCCGAGGAGCCUCCGACCAGGAAGAGGCUGCGCGUGGAGACCAGCUAGGCUCACCGACUGACUUCUUUUUCUUGUUGCUGUUUUUGUUGUAUGUUGCCCACCAGCCUGAAACUCCUCUUAGCUGUGUUCACUCAGCCCUGCCUUCUUUUUAUUUCAGUCAGUCAGGAGGCGAGGUGUAGACUGUGUGAGAGAGGUGCUCUAUUUUGUGUAAAAAAAACGCUUCUACCUUCCUUAGGCAUCCUAUCUCUCCUUUCCUCGUGUUCCCAGCCUGACCUCCCCACCCCAAAGUGAGGCAGCUCUGCAGUUUUGAAGGACUUGACGCUUUUCAAACCUCACACUGACCUUAAUGAAAGGAAUGUGGAGAUGACAAGGUACAGUGAAGAAAGUAAGUAUUUGAUCACCCUGCUAUAUUGCAAGUUCUCCCACUUAGAAAUCAUGGAGGGUUCUGAAAUUGUCAUUGUAGAUGCAUGUCCACUGUGAGAGAGAGAGAGUCUAAAAAGAAAAAUCCAGAAAUCACAAUGUAUGAUUUUUUUUUUUGUAACAAUUUAUUUAUGUGAUACAGCGGCAAAUAAGUGUUUGAACACCUGAGAAAACCAAUGUUAAUAUUUGUUACAGUCGCUUUUGUUUGCAAU